UUAGGCCGCAACUUGCCGCACGAUACCACCGCGGAGUCACGAAUAGAACCAACUUUAUAUGUUCUCGUCAUGAUUGUUUUCUACAAGCGAUACCAUAACAGCGUCAAUAACGCUGAAGCAUGCCUGAGCUUCGUCGGCGUCUGCAUAGCUAGCUAUCUCGAUAACUUCACCUCACAGCAAUCAGAAGUUCCGACAUUGAUGACGGGUCGCUUCACAUGUGCGAUUCUUCAAAGCAUAUCAGCUAUCGCGUUUCGCAUAAUCAUUAUGGCGGCGUCGUAACAGGCUAAAUGCAUGGCCAGACCGCACUCAGGCCGAAGUGUGCACACCUCCUGUGCCUCAACAUGUUCAAUACGUGCCAGUGAAGACCGGUGGUUUAGCAUCUAUAUCUGACUAUCAAGCAAGCACUUCACUACUGACUGACCUUCAAAUACUGACGAACCCGUAUGCAUAUUCUUGAUCUCCAGCUCUGGCGCUCGUUGACAUCCUAUCGUGUAAAUCAGCUCAAUCAGCGACGGACAGGAUAUUUUGGGUGAAGGAAACAUAGAAGUUGCCGCAGUCACUGCCAUAUUCGAGGUGCAGCAUGUCUGCAACGAUUACUGUGAAUGGACUG